GUACCACUAAUUGUCCCAAUAUGUAGAAGUAGUACUGGUGUUUUCUUUUGCAAUGGCCAGAACAAAGAUCCCAGCUACAACAUCCCCUGUAACACAACAACCUUAUGCAGGAAUGACCAAAACAAAGAUACCAGCGACGACAUCUGCGAAAAACAAACAACCUGCUGGUUAUGUUUCUCGGCAGGUAGCAGUCCGCUUGGGGGAAUCUAGUGAUUCUGGUGCUGGGCCUAUUAAGAAACGGCCAGAGAGUUUCAGGAAGGAGAAGAAGCAACGGACUGCGCGAUGACAACCUUCACUGUUAACCGGAACAGGAGCUAUACCAACCAAUGUCAAUCUGUAUGUCCUGUUGGUGUGGUUCCUUGAUAGGACGGUAGACAACUUGCAGCUUGCAUUAGGUAUGCUCAAAUGGUCCAGAAAGCCAUUGAAGACCCAAGGAAAUGACUAGUAAAGCUAUUGACAUGCAAGAGGCACUACUACGUGGAUAUACCAGGUGUCACAGCAGUAGUAGGAAGAUUAGUUCAUGUACGUUUGUAAUUAUGAACAAGUUUGUUGUGGUG